GUUUUCUUGGUGGAGUUUGUGGUCAGUAGUGUAGUAUAAUGAGGUUUUACAGUUCUGUUGGGGUUCUUUGCCUCUUGUUUGUGGCUACAUUGGCGGGAAAGACAUUGAAUAUCCCAGAAAAAUGGCAUACAGUUGAUUUCACACAUUUCUGGCCUGUUGAUGAGGUCAAUGCCUAUAUUGAUGAGGUUGCUGAAGCAAACCCCGAUCAAGUUCAGGUAAUCACUGCUAGGUAUAGUCGUGAAGUGAGACCUAUCAAUGCUGUAAAAAUCUCAUCGGAUCAGUUUGCUAAUCGUCCAGUUGUAUUUAUUGAAGCAGGAAUCCGACCAAGGGAUUGGGCUGGACAUAUGGUGGCUAUUCGAGUUAUGCAUGAAUUCUUUUCACAUUAUUACAACUACUUGGAUGUUCUUGAGGAGAUCGAUAUUAUUAUUAUGCCAGUAUCUAAUCCCGAUGGCUAUGAGUUUUCCAGAAACGAGGAUCGUGGCUGGACUAAGAAUCGUCAAUUGAAUGUUGGAUCGGACUGCGUGGGUGUCAGUGUCUACCACAACUUCGCACCAGGUUUCUAUGUGACCCCUGAUCCAUGUGAAGGUCACUUCUCUGGUCCGAGUGCCAUGUCUGAACAAGAAUCGCGUGCUGUAAAUCAUAUUCUUGAGCAAUUCAAUGUGAUUGCUUUCUUCAGUCUACAAGCUGGUGGAGCUAGAGCCAAUUAUGGUUCCAACAUUCUCUAUCCCUUCGGCUACAGAUUCACAGUUCCACCAAAUGAACAUGAACUGUUUGUUUUUGGUGAUGCUCUAUCGAAUGUCUUCCGUCAGGCUGGUGGACGUCGCUAUUCUGUAGGUCCAGCUCACAACCUCUGGUAUGAUCCUCAUGGCAACAGUCUGGAUCACGCAUCCGAAGUCAGGAACAUCACAUUCCCCUACACAAUUGAAAUGCCAUACUUUGGAGAACAUGGAUAUGAUAUUGUUGAGUCAGAAAUUGAACCAUUGGUGGAAUCUACCUUGCCUGGAUUUAUCUUCAUCGUAAACUUCUUCGCUGGACUAAAUGUAUAGAAUCACCACCAGAUUAUCAGCUUUCUCAAAAUUUUAUGAUCAAUAAAACCACUUCAUUAAGACAA